AAAGUCGACCGCCUUGCAAAUAUUUUUAACUGCUGGUUUCAACUGGUUUGGAUGACGUAGGCAGUGUGUUGGCUAAAAUCAAGUCAAAAGUUGACCGAAUUUGCACUCGAUAGGACGUUGCGAGAACUUCCUAUCUAAAAAAUACAAAACAUUAUAUACCCCCUGAACUCAAAUCGGGAUUAAACAUGGCUGGGAUCAGUGUAGACUCUCGGAUUGCAGCAAAUAGUAAAGGAGCACAAGAUGAUUCGACCACACGAGAAGACAGCUCUCAUGAGAGCACAGAUAAACAACCAAACGUUGAUCCUUCACAAAAACACGAUUUUUGCUAUCACGGAAGAGAAACAUUCCACGCAGAUUUGAAGACAUGGGUCUUGGUCGUAUAUUACAUGUUUGAAGAGGCUAAUCAAGACACUAAUAGAUCAGAAGAUGUCCGAGCCGAUUUAAAAUAUUUGCAAUGUAUAUUUAAUAAACGGAAGAAUUGCAAGUUCAAGGCUAUUUCUCCGACGAAAAAUGAACUUCUUGAUUUAUUUAGUCAAGAAAUAAAAAUGCAAAAACUGUUUGAGGAAAAAGAAGAGCCCGAUAUAUUUGUCAUAUUUAUUUCAACUCAUGGAUAUCCUGAUGGACAACUCACGACUGAUAAAAUAGACGAAAAAACAAAGAAGGAUGAAACAUUCAAUUUGUCGGAAAUUCUUCAUAGGAACCUUUUUGAAAAUAAACUCAAACUGGUGUUUGUGGCGGCUUGCCGUGGGCACAUCUUGGAAAAGCAAUCGCAAAUGGGGCUCACUGUAAAUCUAAACGAAACUACAGAGGAAAGAUUAAGCACGUUCUUAGUUUCAAAGAAGUUGCCCUCCAAUAAAAAUGCUGUAAGAAUAACCUUAGGCCCAAACGCCAUUAAUUGGAUCAUUACGUAUUCUUGCGUUGAGACUACAAAUGGUGUACGAGAUCGAAAGGGUACGUUCCUUGUGCAGGCUUUUACCAGAAGCAUUGAGGAGCUCGAAUGUGAUGUGGAUUUGGCUGUGUUCCUGACCAGAGUUAGCCGAUACGCAGAAGACAAAAAUAAAGAGUAUGGUGUAGGAAUAACAGUUGAGGCUAAAUUUUUUCGACACCCUCACUAUGCAGACCUCAAAAUCUGCAGAGUCCCAGGAAUCGAAAACAUUGAACAACGACAGCGGAUUAAAGAAAGUUUUAUUUACAACUUCACUUCUGAAAUUGGUGUUCCUUUAAAAGGAGAAAACGCUCACUUCUAUUGCAACUGUAAAGCCCGUGAUUGUGAAUGUCAUGGCUUGCAAAAAGAAUUGAAAUCGAGACUGGCCUUUGAUAUCAACCGAUGCAGAACCAAAAAUGAACUAGAAAUAUCCAUGCAAAGAGAAAAUUCAAAUGCUGCUAUUCUCAUCUGCAUUGUGACAAAACUCUCUAUAAGAGAAGAAAACAAUUUAAAAGAGAUAUAUGCGGAUAUGAGAGUUAGAGAUGAGGAAAAUUUGAGUUUCAGCAUUCAAGCUGUCCCUGUAAAAGAAAUUUUAUACCCUUUGAUCCCCGCAUCAACGACUAAUUACGUAGGGAAGCCAAAAGUAUGUAUAUUUUUGCACAAGGAUAAGUCUCAGGAAGAGCGAGAUGAGAAGCUUAAAGGAGAUAUGGAUUUUGCUAUACCUUCUCGAACAUGCAGAAGUGGAACUAUGCAUAGCGGCCUUGUUAUUUUAAUUUUACCCCAAGAGAACGCUACAGAAUUCUUCAGGAAUCGGCUAGCUGAACUAUCUGUGGAUUCUGAUACAUCAUAUCAACAAGUAUUCUAUGAAAUUCUACAAUCAGCUGAAAGUUUAAAAGUAAGUACAAUACCCGUGCCAGUGCUCAAGGGCCUAACGGAAGAUACGAUUGAGGGAGAGCAGCCCAGUGCGUCAGUGCAGUCUACUACACCCAAUCUAACUGCUGCAGAGCCCAUUCAGAGUUUCGCUAUUGAGCCCCAGUAUAUCAGCACUGCACCACUUUUGUUCAACAUCCAAUAUCCAAAACCAAUUGCAACACGAUUCAAUAUUGAAAGAAACGGUGAGAAGAAAAAUAUAGACAAACAUGAAGAUCUUUUCCAGGCGAUUACACAGCAUUCCAACCCGUCAGUGUGGCUCAUUCACUCGCUGCCAGAGCUGGGAAAAUCAUAUUUAAUCAAUUACUUAGAUAAAAAAUUAAAAAACGAACGAUCAAUGACAUUUAUUAACAUGUUAGAAGACUUCAAGUUUCUGCAGCACGAAGAUACAUGCUUUGCUUCUGCCAAACGUUUCAUCAAGCAAUUCCACUACCAACAACAUAUUGAGCGGGACGUUUUCCAAGAUGAGAUCGUAAUCAUGGAUGAUUUUGAUGCUGCGGACAAUCAAGUUAAGAAAAACAUGCUUAUGUUGGUCCCAGAUUUCAUAGAGUGCGGAAAUUCUGUUUGGAUUGGCUCGAGGUCACAUGAAAAAUUGAACAUUUUGAGAACUUUGGCUGAUUUGCGCGUGCAAGAAAAUGUCAACUGCUUGGGAAUCGAUCGAUGGAAUGAUGAAGAGCAACGCGUGCUAUUUAGGCGUUGCUUGGCGAAUGAUACGAACUACGAACUUCAAGAGAAGAGAUUUCGCGAAUGGCAAGCUCAAGACUUGCUGCAAUCUCCAUGGAUAUUACGCAAAAUCGCCGCAAAACUGAAGAAGGAGGAGGAAGAAAAGGCCAAGAGGGAGAGAAGUAAUCGUACAUCAAUUUUGCCAGACACUUCAAGGAAAGACAAAAAUCUUUACAAGUUUUGCAAGGAGCUCGUAACACAAAGAGUUGAAGAUGUCAUGGAGGGACCCCGAAUGGGUUUAACUAGAAAAGGCGUGGAAUUUGAUCCUAUGUAUAAACAACUAAUGAAAUUCCUCCAAUUAUGCGCUUUAGUUUAUUUUGCAAAGGAAGAUUCAAGGAAUAAAAAAUUCUUCAGCAACAAUGAGAUGGUAAAAAAAAUUAACCACAUCGGAAUUUUUUCCAUUGAAAAUACCAAAAUCAUUGUGGUCAGUGAAACUUUGGCGAAGUACUUAGCGGUCGAAGCAUUAUUGCUUUCAAAUAAGGAAGUUGACCAAAUUAUCAAAUUUGAACCACAUUGCUAUGAUGAUAUGAGAAGAGCAUGUGAAAUCAUGACCAGUCAUUAUAAUGAUCAAAGUAAAGGUGGAGAUCAAUUGUGGCAUUCAUUUCAUCACAAUUCUGCCAUAUUUGUUGGCCAACCAAACAUUUUUCACAGAUGUAUGGGAUAUUUGAGAGAGAAAAUUAAGAACAAUUAAUUAAUUUCAAUAAAGAGGAUAAAAGUUGUUAAAAAUAAUUAUUUUGUUCAUAAAUGACAAAUUUUUGCCACAAAUAAUUUCAUUAAAUGAUUGCUUUCUCCGCGAAAAUAUUAAUUUUGAGAUUAUUUUGUUUGUUCAAAAGCGCAUAAUUAUUUAAUGACGUAUAAUCACGAUAUUCCACAAUCUGGAAAAUUACAGCAUAAUAUCAUUAUCAAAAUAAUUACAAACUAUGAAACUAUGCUUCCAAGUCUGGUGCCUGCAUUGGAAGCAACAUGUUGUGAAUAUUUGCAAGUUUUUUUUACAUUCUAUAAACCUGAGAGAAAUAUAAAAGGUAUAUUUGUCGGUAGGAUAAAAAUAAACAAAAUAAUUGUUCUUUGUGUAAAUAUAUACCCACUUGUAAUGAAUAAUGUUUAAACUUAGCAAAUGUAGCAUAGUAAUUUAAUGAAAAUGAUUUGCCUCUUUAUUUUUCGUGAUCAGUAUUAAUGCAAUGUUCAAUUGAUAUGCUUUGGAAUUUCAAAGUGGAAGAUGAACAGUUGAAAUUAACAAUACUUUUUCGAUUCAAUUCAUAUUAAGUGUCAAUGGUAUCAAUCAAUUAUGAAAAAAUCACUUGAGAGAAAAGAAAAUAAAUAUACAAUUCUAGUAAACAGCUAACUGAAACUGAUAGCAGGGUAUUUUUUAUUUCAAUUCAAAAUUAAUACAUUACACUUCAUUAGGUAUAUAUUAAUUUUAAUAUUUUCUGAACGAUUCUAUGUUCAAACGAUGUGUUCUAAACAUUCUAAUUAAUAAAAAUUAUGAGGUUGCUGACACGCUAUCAUCGGCGGUGAGCAAGUAGUUUUCAUGCCCUAUUGUAUUGAUCAACUUACUACCCAUAGACUAAUUGUAAGUAAAAAUUGUAUUUUUUUUAAACCUGUAUAAAUAAAAAUAUAAUUAAUA